AUGGCUGGGGUAUUAUGUCGAUCCGUAAGAACCAAGCAAACCAGGAUACCGUGGAUCCCGCUGCUUCUUGUGGCGUUCCUAGCAACCGCCACGUGGCAGCGCGCCAUUGCUUCCGCAAAACAGCUUGAGGGAUUUGACGAGGACGAGUUUGACGACGCGGCUGACGAGGAGGAGACGGAAUUCGUCGCCCCGCAGCGCCCUCCGACGCGAUCCGUCACGCUCGAGCCGGAUCAGGGCACAAAAGCAACGGCUGGAUCUGAUCGAGAUCCCAAAUCAACGGACACCACCGCACGCGACGGACCAGAUUCCGCUGGGGGCAGCGGGGGUAGAUCGACAGGACAAGGGGCGGAUUGGGAUGACGAGGAGUUUGAAGGGGUGACGCCCGGUGCUGGCGCUGGUGCUGGUGAAUUCGGCGCUGGUGCUGGAGGAGCAGCGGCGGGGGGAAAGUCAUUUUUUGGCAAGCCUGGAUCCGCGCAGCAGCAGGCGCAAGCGCAGCAGAAGGCACGCGCGCGGAGAAUUUCGGUUCCGCGGAAGCCGUUUCACCCGCGGGACUUCAUUGCGGAAGGGAUUUUUCUUGCGUUCCUCGUGAUUUUCGCGAUCAACUAUUUCGUUGGGAAAUGGCAGAACGAAAAGAUUGCGCUUUCUUUCGCGAAUCAGUUCGCGACGGAGGGUAACCUGCUCGCGAAGAACUUCGCUUUGAUCGGCACGGGCGACACCAGCGAACCGAUCCUCGUCAAAGAAGGCCAGGCGACGUUCAAGCUGUACGCGAGCGGGCGAAGGUUCUGCGAAGCGAUGCUGGUUACCCUGAACCUGCGAAGUCGCCACGAUCUCGCGACGCUCGCAUGGGACGCGCUCCUUUCGUCAAAGAAAGAUCAAGUCGACGUGGAUGUGUACAUGAACGAGGAAGACAUGGCCCCGUUUGUACUCGCUAUAGUCCCGCGCAAAUCCGCUAAGGCGUUUAUAAAAGAAAACGCGGAUCUUAAGGAGUUUGCGAGCAUGCUUGACGCGGAAGUGGUCCUGAAGGGAGGAGGCGGGAGCGGGAAGAACAAGUGGGCGGCAGACGAGUUGGCUAUUAUCGGGGAUAGCAGAGAAGCAGCGUAUGAGCUUCUGUCUGACGUCAUCAUUGAUCAGGUACGAUGCGAGUCCUUCCCUUCCGCCCUUCCCUUCCGCCCUUCCCUUCCGCCCUUCCCUUCCGCCCUUCCCUUCCGCCCUUCGCUUCUGCCCUUUCCUUCCCCCCCAUCCCCCCCUCCCUUCAUCAUUUUCACCAUUUCUUCCCAUGACACACACAUCAACCGCACGCCCGAAUAUCUCUUUGGCGAGAAGUCUUACCCAAAGAUAGCGCCUCUCUUCCGCGCUCUACACUUCACAGACCAGCAACCCACAGGCGCAGGCGCGCAGCUUCUUACCUAUCCCCCUCCCGCCUUCUCCUGCCCCCCCGGUACUCCUCUCCCCCCCCAGCUCUUUGGUGAGAAGUCCUUUCCAAAGAUCGCGCCUCUAUUCCGCGCGCUGCACUUCACGGACCAGCAACCCACAGGCGCAGGCGCGCACCGCAAGGUGCUGCGCUUCUCCUUCCUCCUCCCCCGGGGGGGCGCCGCCGAGCUGGCGAAGCUGAUGGCGUCCGUGCCGUUCUUCAUCGACGCGGUGGGGAAGUUCCGACUCAGCGCGCAGGCGAAGUGCAAGGCAGAGGCACUGCGGGCAAAGGCAGCGGAGGCGGCACUGAGGGAGACGAAGGAGAAGAGGCAGGAGGAGUUGCAGCGGCGGAAGGAGGAGCGAAAGAAGGCGGAAGAAGCGAAGCUGAGCCCAGAGGAAUUGGCGAGGCGGCGAGAGAAGGAGAGGAUGAAGGAGCUAAAGCAGAGCGCUCCGCGGGCUAAGAUUUCAAGAAUGCAUUGA